CAUUCAGAUGGCAUUUUCCACCCCCAUCGCCACUCUCUUUUCUCAAUGUCCACCACUCCUCCGCCGCCGCCGCCCUUGAUCUCCUCCGCUAAAUCCGCCUCUUUCUCCAAAAACCUCCGAUCCAUCGGAUUCGGCUACUCCUUCGCGAUCGCCCUCGGAUUCCUCGUACUCUUCUCCUCCAUCGUCCUCGCCUUCUACAUCUGCUGCCGAUCCUCCGCCGCCGCCCGCCGCCGCCGCCACGACCUGCAGAUUCAAAAUCAGAACCGCCGCAAUCGCUCAGGCGAGCACAGCAUCUACCUCCCCAGCACAAUCUUCGUCGACGAGAGCGAGCCUCAGAACGGCGUCAUCGGACUUGACCAGGCGGUUAUCAACUCGUACCCGAAGCUCGUCUUCGCGAAGAGGAGCGGAAAUUGGGGGAACGACGCCGUUUGCUCGAUUUGCCUGUGCGAGUACCGCGAAUCGGAGGUGCUGAGGAUGCUGCCGGACUGCAAGCACUGUUUCCACGCGAUGUGCGUUGACGCGUGGCUGAAGCUCAACGCGUCUUGCCCUGUCUGCCGGAACUCGCCGCUGCCUACGCCGAUGUCUACGCCGCUGCAGGAGGUGGUGCCGCUUUCUCAGUACGCCGAUGGGCGACGCCGGUGAUAGAUUGGGGCGAGUUUUGGUAACUGUUGGAUUAAUUUGAGGAUGGAUUUGUAAUUUUUCUGUUUUUGAGGGGUGGAAAUGUAAACAAGUUUUUUGGGGUUAGCUGGCAAUUUUGGCAACAAUAAUCGGAAUGUGAGUUACCUUUUAAGUUC